UUCUGACUUGAAUGUAAUUUUUUCCGGGGACCAGUAAACAAUCCAUUUACCAAAUUUUCUAUUAAAUUUAAAUAAUUUUUUCAAGUGUUUCCUCCCCAUCUUCAAUUCAUUCUUGUUCUUCUUUCUCAUCAUCAUCUAAUUUAUCACCACCAACUAAGAAGUCACGUCUAUUCAAACGCCGUCAACAUCAAAAAUUAGUUGAAUUUGAAUCUGGUGUGAAAGGAUUUCCUUCUCUACAAAACAAUAACAGUCAUUUACUUGUUUAUGUUCUUGGUGUAAAUAAGGGAGCUGACGGGCUUGGAAAACCAUUUAUUAAUUUAAAAUGUGAAUUGGCAACUGGGUCUGUUUCUUCUAAAAUGCGCAAAAUUAAUGUUUUUCUUCGUGAUUCCUGGGCUGUUGAAACUCAAGAGCUUUGUACCCGUCAACUUCUACGAUUAAUUGAGCCAAACAAAAUUAAUGAAAGUAUUUGUGAUUCUUCCGAUGAUUCUUGUGGUGGAUUACUUAUAGUUGAACCGGAGACACUCAUUUCCAGCACGCAAUUAUCGCAAGCACAUUAUUGUCCAAGAAAAGCUAUGUUCCAAGAUCGAUUUAGAAGUACAGAUACAACAAUUGCGAUGACUGUUGGAACGAUUGCUCACGAACUUUUUCAGAUAGCGCUAGAUUUACUUCCUUCAGAACUUUCAAGUGAUUGGCUUUUUAACUUUUAUAGAAAACAUUUAUUGACGAAAAUUUGUCCUGAUCUUAUUGGAAUGGAUUGUUCCAUUGAAAAAUUUGAAGAAGAACUUCGUCGUUAUUUGGAGAAUAUUUCUGAUUGGAUUAAGAAAAAUAAUCAACCAAUCGCUCAAAUACGCCAACAAAAUAUUGAAAAUGAUGAAAAUAAUGAUCCGAAUUUACCUAAUGAGCCUUUUUUCUAUUCAGAAACGGUUGAUAUUGAAGAAAAUAUUUGGACACCAACUAUUGGAUUUAAAGGAAGAAUUGAUGUUUCUUUUAUGGGUGGCGGGAAUACUUCAUCUUGUUCAGAUUCAAAUCAAUCACCUCUAUCAAUUAAUAAACAAUCCAAACUUGUUGUGCCGCUCGAAUUGAAAACAGGCAGAUCUUAUGGAUCUUCUGGUUGUGUAGAACAUCAAACACAAGUAAUGCUUUAUUCACUUAUGCUAUCUGAACGGGUAAAUAAUGGGCAGCUCAGUUUAGAUCCUCUUCGAAAUCCACGAAGUUGCGUUAAUUGUCCUUAUUCUACUCUAUGUGGUACAAUUGCUUUAGGGAAUGAAAUUUGUGCAAAAGAAGAAGAAUCUUCCAAAAAUAAGACUCAAAAAUCUCGAUUAAAGAAAUUUUUAUCUCCUAAAAAUAAUAAUGAGGAAUUAAUGGUUGUUGACGAAAAAAUUAAACAAAAUGGAGUUGUUAAAAUUGCAAAUGAUAAACCUCAACGAACUUUAAAAAAUAAAAUUUCUGAAGAAAUGUAUAAUUUUAUGUUACAACAAACUUCUCAUUUAAACCAACAAGAAAUUCUUCAAAUAAAUUCUUGGAUAAAAAGUGGACUUGAAGAAUGGGGAAAAGUUUGGGAAAAUGGUUCAACAUUACGAUUAUUUAGAAAAACACCAAAAGAAAGAGAAUUAUUUGGAACUUGUCUAGCGAAUAUGCGUUUAAUUUCUUCUAAUUGUACUAAAAAUGAUGUUGACAGUUUUAAAAAUUCUUUUUUAUUACAUUUUACUCGAGAAAGCAAUGAAAAAAUAACAGAAUUGGAAAAUUUUCAAUUAAAAGUUGGUACAACAAUUACUAUCUCUACAAAUAAUGCUUAUGCCUUAUUAAUUGCAAAAAUUCAUUCAAUUGAUGUUUCAACAAAUUCAAUAAUUAUUAUUUCUGACAAAGAUUUGUCUAAAAAUAUUGUUGGUAAAGAAGAAGAUGAUCAAAUUUAUUAUCAUUUGGAUAAACAUGAUGGUUUUACAUCUUAUGCUUUAGCUCUUGGAAAUAUAUCUGGAUUAUUAGAAAAUUCUCAAAAAGCUAAAUUACUUCGUUCUAUUUUAAUGUCAACAAAUAAUAAUACAUCAACUUCCAAAAAGAAAUGA